AUGUCACCACCGACAAAAACCACGCUUGCUCAGUUACUGGGCAACUUGGCUGUCGCAAGAGAAGAACCGAAUGUGCAAUACUGCCAAAAGAUUCAUUCGACAUCCCGCAGUCACAAAGUGACGCGAGCUAUUGGAUCUGGGGGAAAGUGGGAGAAACCAGGCGCUCAACGACCCUACACUGCCCUGUCGCCCAUCGGCACGGUGCUCGCCAUACCGUACCCGCUCCCGCAUAAUUGCAUAGCACCAAAAGCGAUGGUGGGAAAUGCUGAAAGAUACCAUACGGUCCGAUCGUACCAAGGUGAUGCGACUGUGGCCACGCUGACUUGUGGCUACAGGGCCGAGCGAAAUUCCCUGCCUUCACAGAGACAAAAAGCGUUCAGCCUUCUCAAAGCCCCCUCCCAGUGUACAUGUUCCGGACGCCGAAAAGAUGAGAACAGCCUGAGCUUGAUGGAAUGCGUCUUAGGCAUUGCUUAUGAAGUGGGUAGCGUCAAGAUCGAGAAGCAUCAUGGUGACACCGCCAACGUUGAUCACUGCAAGAAGGCCCAAACAAGUGGUUACCCGAUUGCUAUCAUUGCCGGCGUCAAAGAGAUUGCACAGUUUUGA